AACAUGGCAUAAGAUUCAGAAAUAUCCUCUAUAGUCCAAAAUGCCUGAGCUCUUGUAGGAAAAAAUACCAUCAGUCAGUUUUGAAGGCAAUGCUGUGUUCUAGGUCCCAGAGCAAAAUGGCACAUGCCUGCACCCCAGCUUACAGGAGUAAUUUUCCAGUGGUUUUUUUUUUUUUUUUUUUUAAACCGAAAAGGUGACAGGGCCACUUGCAGCCAGUAGAGAAGAAAUUUGAGCAACCCUGUACUGCAAGAACAUAGGUUGCAACAUAAGUUGCAACUAGGAUGUGAACAGAGUUGCAGCAAAACAUAGUUCCUGUAGCAACUGAGCUGUUGUUGCAGAGGGAAGCACUGGGUUCAUGGAUGGCAGGGGACAAAAUUAUGUGUCUGCUCCCUGCUUUUUGCAAGGUUCUCUUGUCCAUUGGGUUGAACUUUAGAUUCUCAUUGCCCAUUGUUCCAUUCAGAGAUACAGAGUACUAUAGAGUAUCUGUUCUACCGCUCCAGGUCGGUCUGUGCAAAAUAUAUCCUCUUAAGCUGAACUCUUGGUGAAGUCCAGCGAUGCCCAAGGAAAGUUGCCUGAUGGCACUUUAUUAGCUUUAUUGUACCUCUUUCACCUCAUGCUUCUGCUCUGCAGCUCCAGCAGCAAAUUGUUUAAAGUGACAGAGUUGUGAACGGGGCAACUACCUGUAACUCUUCUGAGGAGAAUGUAAAAUGCUCUCUUAGACCUGUUAAAUCAUGUGUGAGACCACACAAAGGGGAGACUUUCUGCACCCUCUCUCUACAGCGCAACUGGACUCAAACCUGGAGCUUUCUGCUAGUUAACCAAGGGAAGCAAGCAGGCUCCUGAGCAGGGAGAGCACAGUGGGUACUCAAACUCUGAACCAUGUCACUAGGGCCUGACAGUUAAUAUAUGAAUUUUAAAAUCUAGCAGAGUUGUUGCUGUAUGGAUCUGAACUUCCCCUUAGGUAAAAUGUUGACUGCUGCAUCAAAAACUCUGCUUAGUUUAAGCCCACCUAAGCCCCACUGAGCUGCCGUUGCAGCAGGAUGGCUGGAAGUCCCUUGGGAAGGAUCUGUGAAAGCAAACCAAGGCAGGAUGAACCAUUCAGAGCCUCUUUAUGGUGUGUGUGUCUGUGCUAUCUUAGAGCAUUAUCAGCAGGGACACAGGUGUAUGUGGUUUGCUUGGCAAUGGAGUUAAGAGCAACACUUCUCAUUUUCCACUCCAUCAACUCUGGGAUUCAUCUGGUCAUCCCAGCAUGCAUGAGAAUUUCACUUAGCAGUUCCUGCAGCCCUUCUGGUAAUGCAGCUGACUGUUGGUUGUGCACAGACCCAGACCUGACCUUGUGCUUCAUGCAGACAACCAGGCACCUUCCCUUCCCAGCUCUGUCCAGCACAAGGGCCAAAAAAAAGUGUCACCUUUAAGUCAAGUGUAACAUUUCGAGCACACAGAACACUUCAGUCUUCAAGGCAGUUUCUCAGUCUGCUUGUUAUGAGGAGCAAAUAGUCCCAUGGACAGCUGAAGAAGCACCAAAUACUGUCUAAAAAAUUGUGUAAGAGGAGCUAUGAACUUUCAGUAAGGACAAGGGCAGGUUUCCAAUAACGAUUCUGUGUUUAAAGUGGGGGAGUAGUGGGGAAUUCCUAGCCAUGGGUGUAUCCUUUACAGUUUCCUCUUUUGAAGGAUUUGAAUUGCUUAUAAAUACCCUUUUUGAGUCUGAGAGCACACGAGACCAUCUCCACUUCCUUCGGCUUUGCCUUUCUGCAGUGCUCUGUCUCAGACUUGGGCAAGUAACCAUGAGGCUCUGUGUCUGCCUUAUGUUGCUCUCCGUUGUUCUGUGUGUAAGUGCUGACAGAUUUGGACUGCGCAGAGCUGGACACUUUGUCCGGGAUGCAGCGGGAGGAACAUGGGAUAUGUACAGAGCGUACCGGGACAUGCGUGAGGCAAAUUAUAAAGGUGCCGACAAAUACUUCCAUGCUCGUGGGAACUACGAUGCUGCCCGGAGAGGACCUGGUGGUGCCUGGGCAGCAAGAGUGAUCAGUGACGCCCGGGAGGGAUGGCAGAGCAGAGUGAGCGGCAGAGGCGCCGAGGACACCCGGGCGGACCAGGAGGCGAACAGGUGGGGGCGGAGCGGCGGGAACCCGAACCGCUACCGCCCCAAGGGGCUGCCCAGCAAGUACUAGGGCUGUCCCCCUGCUCCUCUUCCUUUGCCUUUGUACAUCAUCAUCAUCAUCAGGGCUAGGCUUCGCGAACGAAGAUUUGGGAAGGGCUCUACCCAGAUUUGCUACAAGCGCGCUGGUGACGAAAAAGUCUUUUUUAGCCUUUGUACUGCCGAAUAAAGAAAUCCUUCUGAAAACUG